AUGGCAGACAUGCGAGAACGGCCCAUUUCCUCCCAGCCCUCCCGUGGGGUGCGUGGGAGGUCUCGAGAUGGACACGUAGCAUGUGUCGUCGAGGUUGACCAAGCUACGCGAAGGCUGCUUGAGGGUGGCCUGCUCUACCACCUGAGGCCGCUAGCGCGAGAGCAACGCGUCCUCGAUGAGUUUUGGGAGUUCCGCCUCGGAGACCGUGGCUUGGAGCUUGUAUGCAGCCGUCCCGUCCGAGUGACAGAGGAUUGGCAGAUGGAGAUGUGCGAGGAGGUCUACAUGGAGCUUGCUCAGGCAGCCUCGCGCAGGCAGGAGAUGACGGAAGCAUGGCGCGUAAACUCGACAGACGAGGAGCAGAUCCCGAUCCACCGGAACUUGGUUCGGCGCGUGAUCGGGCCGGAGGACCGCGUCCGGGACCUCCUGACGAGGGAUUUGGGCAUCAACAUCUACGACGACGAUGGCGGUGACGCCGUCCUGGAGAUGGUGGGAGUGCCGGAGGCUGUGGAGCAAGCACGCGAGCCGCUUGCGUUGCAUCUGGUCUCCUUCCGGAACCAUCACCGGAGUCCUGCCCGGGCCGAGCGGCAGCUGGACCAGGAGGCGCAGCAGACGGUGCACGUCUUCGUCGACAACCUCAACACGUCCUUGGGGGCUCAGGUCCUUCCGCAGGGCCGGGACGCAAGCCGCAGGCUCCACAUCUCGCGCUUUACCGACGUUGUGGCCGGGGUCCGGCAGCUCGGAGAUCAAGCAGUCGUCGACCACCAGACGCGGACCAAUCAUCCCAUUUGGUGGUUCUACAGCCUCUGCGGCUUCGAGCUGGAGUUGGAGUCCUCCUUGGCAGACAACGUCAUGGCCCUCUUGCAGGACUUGGAGAGGGAGCGGGCCAGUCGCCAUGAGCAUGUUCUCGCAGUUUGCACCGGCGAUGGCAGGCACGUGGACCUGGUGAGAUACGUGGCUGAGUGCGGAUGGAGGGUGGAGCUCUGGUGCUGGCGUGCCACUUGCCACUCCGGCUACCAGGCCUUAGCAGAGGACCCAGGCUUGCGCCAGCGCGUCCGACUCUGCUACUUGGACGGCUUCCGGAGCUUCAUCACAAUGUCGGCCAGGAGGGAUGACGAGGAGAGUCUCCGACAUCUGCCCGAGCCUGCCGAGUCCGAUGUUACAGAGCCACAUGGCGGCACUGAGGCCAGCGCCUUCGCCGGCACCGAUGCGGAGAUGUGCGCGCUGUGCCUUUCGGAGGAGGCCAGCUAUGCCUUCCGACCCUGCAACCACCGAGUGAUGUGUGGGGAUUGCUUCCAAGAUGUCCGCCGACGGCUUCAAAGGAACCCUGAGCUCGAGAACAGCCCUCAGCUGGGACAGUGCUUCGUGUGCCGAAGCCGGUGGACGGAGAUCACGCCAGUCUGA